GACCUUCUUCACUGCCUCGCUGUUCGUUGCAGUUUUGCUUUCAACGCUCGCAGAUUCAUGCAGAUCAUUGCACAGUACUGACGAAUAACCUUUGAACAGGACCUUGAAAAGCGACUACCUAGAUGACCUGAUGCCAUCGUCGGAACCAUCCACUGAUGACAGUGAUGUCGUUGUUGAGCACACACUCAUCCAAUCUUCUGCCGCUGCUUUCUCGGCCAACCCACGCACACUUGCAGAUGUGCGUGAGGAGGUUGCCCAGAGUCUCGCACUCCGUAUGAUUACCAAAGCCCGCACCGUCGACGGUGUCCGCAUCGGUGUUCACUUCACGUUCUCGAAAAAAGACGAUGGUCGUUUUCUUCGACUUGUCACUUCCCAUAUCCCCACCACUGGUGCUUCUCCAACCAGUCGCGGGGCACGCAGUAGCACCCGGACUUCAAACGCACUCGUCAUCUGUGGGUCAGAUGAAGAUGAUGUGCAGCGUGCUGUACUCCUCGCAUCCUCUAAAUUUUUGGGACGUGUUGAUGCAGUUCAAAACACGGGCACUCUCCUCGCUGCCUCUGUACGGCACAUUGGCUCGUCUUAUGAUGAUGCUGCCUUGUGGGACUUACUGUCCAAGUCUCUCGAGCAAAUGACUCCACGACAAGCCUAUGGUGCCCUUCACGACCCCACAUACCCAAUGCCAGUCUUCCUUGUGGAUAUUGGUCCAGCUUCCCCGUGUGCUCGUGAAGGCGGGAUCCACGGAUCUCUCAUCAUCGAGCGAAGCGAGGGGUACACCAGCUCUUGGGCUGCAGCAUCCCUGUACGAGCUUGGGUUGCUCAAUGCGACUGAUAUAGUGGGUGGCCCUCCGUCUACCAUCAGUGAUGAAGAAAGCUAUCAACUCAGUCAACCAUCGUUUGAUUCUGAUGAUGUGAUUGACGGUGUAUGACUAGGUCCGACAUUUCAGUAUGUAUUAUUAACGCACUUUACGCACAGUGAUACGGAGGUCAAUCACGACUGGUUGCUACAAAUAAAAUAUAAUUGAUGUGUAAACGUUCGUUGGCGUGAUGAAGAGAGG